GACGCUCCCUGCACUCACGUGACUUCUUGUAAUUGUAGGGGAGAAACUGAAAGUUAAAAAAAAAAAAAAAAAAAAAAAGUCUUGCUGCUGGAGUGAAGGCAACAGAGCAGCAGAUUCAUUCCUGAAGCCGCACAGGGAAGAAAUCUGUGGACGCAGAGCUCAUCUGAUCCAACAUGACUACGCGGAGUGAGAACGAGAAAGAAUACGACCCCAGAGACACGACACUGAGAUUUGUUAACAGACCGGAUGAUCUGGAUCCACUACCCUCAGAGGAUGGAGACCAGGGCCUCUGUGCAGAGAUGUCCUGCGGACACGCCGUCAGACCGGAGUCUCUCACUGCGUGGUGUCGCAGCCUGCUGGAUCAGGGCCAGUACAAGUUUAAGUGCCCCGCUUUAAAACCUGGAACCACGCAAAGGUGCAAUGCAGACUGGCCUUAUCAAGAGAUGCGCAGGCUGGCAGUGCUGACGGCUGAGGAGAUGCAGUACUUUGAAGAGAACAUCGCACGUCUGGCUGCCACAGAAUACUGUGAAUUUAAAACAUGCCCUGGUUGCAAAACCUAUGUGGAGAGAGAGGACCUGACCAACCUGAGCACGCAGUGCACAGUGUGCACAGCAGACAAGAAGAAAGUCUACCAGUUCUGCUGGCAGUGUUUGAAUCCGUGGAAAGGUUUAGCUCCACGCUCCGAUCGCUGCGACAACGACGGCUGCAUCAACCACGACCUCGAGCUUCUCAAGACUUGUAAGACUACCGACCUCCCUCAGGUGCAGGGGGUCACCGACUGCCCCUCCAUCCGGGCCUGUCCCACCUGUGGUCAGAGGGUGGAGCACGACAAAUCGGGCUGCAAGAACAUCAUCUGCCCUCGCUGUCAGAUUGAGUUCUGCUUCGUGUGCCUGAAGCUCACGCCCGAGUGCCUGAAGACGAGCUCUUACUUCAUCCCCUGCAGUGACGGUGUGGCUCCCAGACAGACGUCCAUACCUGUGUGGCGCAGAAACUAAGAGGAAAGAUGCACACAUGGCUUCUCAUGAUGUAUUUCUGCAGCUAUCUUCUGUCAUACUAGACUUCUGAGUGUUAUUGUGAAACAGAGUUACAGGUCUGCUAGUUCAGUGGUAUUAACCAAGAUCUGCUGUGUUCCCUUAUUAUGCUCUGUAAUAAACAGUUUCAAAACUGGCACUAAAUCUUGUUCAUUGACAACUGAUCUUUGUUCAAUGAUAGUUAAUCAUUAGUAACUGCAUCUCUUAAUAAAGACCCUUUUAAAAUCAA